ACCUGUUGUAGGUAUUUCUCCCUGUGCGUGACAGACGAACAGCUUUCUGUUUGCUCUUUAUUUGUAUUUUAUGCGUUCGCUCAAAUAUAAUUUCAAGUGUUUCCGUUUCUCUCUUUACUUUCUCAGCUGAGUUGUUCCUCCAGCUGCUGCAGAUAUUAAGUUAUUGCUGUUUACAACUUGCAUUUAACAAUAUUCAAAUAGCGGACAACAAGAGUUGGAUUUUCUUUAGUUUUUAAGCAUCAUGUGUGUGAUUUGAAGAGGAAACACCUGCUGUGGACUCUGCACUGCUGAGACCACUGGGGCUUCCUGUCUGAACUUAAUGCACAUAUCAACAAUGAAAUCUUAAUAAGAGUUUUAUCAGCCGACAAAGGAAGGUGACUCGCAGCUUUGAUGAAGAUGGAGCUGACCGGGCAAAGGGCAAAGUAUCUGGCGUUUCUUCUGCUAACUGUGGUGUGUGUGCAGGGAGACUUCUUGGAGCCUCUUCAGCCCCUCACCUCCCUGCGCUCCUUCGCAGAGAGCGAGACCAGGCUCCCCUGUCACUUCCAGGUGGGGGAGGAGGAGAAGGUGGUGCAGGUCACCUGGUUGAAGGAGCUCCCAGACGGCAGCAAGGAUCAGAUCAUCACUGCCCACUACAUAGACGGCCACACAGAGUUCGGGCAAUACUCCGGCCGGGUGAGGUUCGAGAGCAGGAGCCCCACAGUGGACUCGACUCUGCUCAUCCCCAGCACAGAGGAGUCGGACCAGGGCAGCUACAUCUGCCACAUCUCCACCUUCCCUAACGGAGUCGUCGAGAGGCACAUCACACUCACCGUUUGGCUUUUACCGAUCUCCUCCCUGGACUCUGUGCUCCUGGUGGAGGGCCAGUCGUUCCGUGUGGCCGCUUCCUGUCGAGCCGUGGGCCGCCCGCUCCCCCGUCUCUCCUGGGACACCGACCUGCCAGGUCAGUCUCAGGACCGCGCCAAAGAGGGCGGGUCCGUGUCCAGCCACUACUCCCUGCACCCCCUGCGCGGCAUGAACGGGAAAAAGCUGGACUGUCUGGUGUGGCAUCCCGGCCUGGAGCAGCCACGCAGGAUCUCCAACCGCCUGGUGGUUCAGUACCCCCCAGAUGCCACCAUCUCCGCUGGUUCUGGGGACUGGUACGUGGGUUUGGAGAAAGCUGAGAUGAUCUGCGGCGCCGGAGGAUACCCCAAACCUCAGAACUUCACCUGGACACGGGGAGGAGGAGCUUUGCCACACGGGGCGUCUGUGGUUGGAGACAAACUUGUUUUUGGCCGGGCCCUGCACAUGAAUGACAGCGGGGUCUAUGAGUGUGUUGUGAAGAACGACGUGGGAGUAGGAAAAGCCGAGUACAGAGUAACAGUAACAGAGACCUCUAAAAGCCAGGGCGAGACCUCCAUGGACAACCUGUUGCUGAUCAUUAUCGGUGCGUCAGCUGGAACUUUAGUCCUGGCGCUGGUCAUGGUCGUCCUGCUGGUCAACCGCCACCAUCGACACAGAAACAAGAAGCUUGAAAUGGAGCUCAGCGAAAAAACGGAGGAAAUGCAGAGCUUCUCCAGACAAGCCUCUUUCAGGAGACUAAACUCUGUCAGCACAGACCCCAGAGUGCAGGCUGAAGAUUAUGGUCUGCUCAGAGUAGACAGCAGAAUGAAAAGCAGCCAGAUGUCUCUGGAACAACCCAUCUAUAAAGGCAGCCAGUCCACUCUGGGCGGGAAGUGGGGGCCUUCAGGCGGGGUGGAUGUGGACGAACUGGGACGUCCCGUUGUCUGGCACAGCGGCAGAGAGAGCACGAGGGGAGCAGAGAUGGAGGAGAAGGAGGAGCGUCGGAGGAGGGUGGAGUCGUACCUGAAGAGCAGCAACAUGUCGCUGGACUCAGGUCUGCCCUCUUCCCUGGUUCCCCUGAAGGCCCCGCAGGACGAAGGCGUAGAGCCCAGAGAGCCAGACCUGGACCCCCACAAAGAGGGAGACUCCCCACAAGGAGCCGAAGAGCACUGGGCUCCCACCCAGUCGCUAGCGGAGGGACACGAGGAGGACGAAGACCGCAGCUCCCAGCAGCUCUCGGAGGCACUCACCAAUCACUUCUACUACAGUAACGGGGUCCUCCGGCCCAAGCCACACUCCAACGCCAUUCUGCUGCACCCGAGAGGACAGAUCAUCUAGACCACACUCUCCUCCACAACACGAGGAGCCUGCAUUCCUGCAUUGAAAAUGACCUUUUCUUUUUUUAAUGGGAUGUUUGUUUUGUACACAUCGGCUGCAGCUGGUAAUCAGCCCCAAAAGAAAUCCAAACCUGAAAUGUUUUCUGCCUUAUUCGGUUUUUAUCCUUUAUUCUAACCCUAUUAAUGAGGAAGUUUUAUUUUUUAAAAGUCAUUUUUUGUGCAUUUAAUGCUUUUAUUUGAUAGUGGAAAAAGAGAGUAGGGGAGUCUGCUCAGGGCGUUUGUGCCCAUGUUGUAAUUCAAAAGUUUUAAAAUAAUAUUUUGGGACAUUUGAUCCCUUUUCAUUCGACAGUAAAGAGACAACAGGAAAUGUGAGACAGAUGGUGAAUGUCAUGCAGCAAAGGUCUCCAGCCAGACACGAACCAGAGACAUCGUGGUGCACAGGGUGCCCCGUUAUUGGAAAGUUUUUUUAAUCCUGAUUAUUUCGUUGGAGAAUUAGAAGCCCGGUGAGUUUUGCCUUUCAUAAACCACGAUGGCAUGUGUAUGAAAAAUCUUUUUCUCCUAGAACGUGCCAGGAAUAAAAGGUUUCUGUUACAUAAUGUUUACGAUAUUAUCUGCAGGGACUUACACGUAUGUAAACUCACAAAUGGAGAGUCCCAAUGAAUCCUGACUGUAAACCUAAGGUGCCUUGUUUACAUUAAAACCAUUCAUGGAGGAGCUCACGGACAGGGACACGAGGUCUAAGCUCCAAAGCCUUGGCUGUGUUGAGAGUAAAGUGCACUCAAAGCUUGGAUGCACCUGUGGAUAAGAAGGGUUAUGCGUUUGUGUAUGUAUGUAUUAUAUGUGUAUAUAGAAAGGAAGCGCUAUGAGGAGAUGCUGUAUGUUUAUGAUUUUGUCAUUAACGGCCACCUGCAACUACGAACAGUUCAAAAAAAGCUAGAGGAUCUGAACACAGGAAGUCGAAGUUAACUGGUGUAUGUUGAACUUUAUAGAAACACUCAGCAAACCAGGUUCAUACAACAUGAGCGCACAGCAAGACGGGAUGAAACACGCAGAGGAUGCACUGUAAAGCAUCGUGUAUAUGUCGUCGUGUAAAUUGUUUUAUAUUGACUGUUUUUCUAUGAAACUGAAAGCGGACAUGUAAAUGUUGAAAUGUUUAUUCAUAAAAGUACAGCUUGA